AUGGUUAAUGCCGGUAUAGGACCAACAAAGUCAUACUUUUAUUUAGCAAGUGAGGUUGGUGUAGCUGAAAACAUUGGAUUUACCAAAAAAGGAUAUGAGAAAUUAUUUGCAAAGAAUAAAAGAUCAAAGUUAGAUUAUGAUUGCUUUGGUGAUGUUGUAUGUUUUGAUACUACUUUUCGUAUUAAUAAGUACAAUUUGAUAUGUGCUCCAUUUGUUGGAGUUAACCAUCAUUGGAAAAAUGUUUUAUUCGGUUGUGCAUUUUUAUUAGAUGAGACCACAGAAUCAUUUAUUUGGUUGUUCGAGUCAUUUAAGGAGUCCGAGGGAAAUGGACAACCGAAAAAUCCUUUCGCAGAUGAGGAAAAAGCAAUGUCAAAAGCAAUUGAAUUGAAGAAGGUCAACAAAGAGUGCACAAACUCCAAUGGGAUUUCAUGCCGAUGUGCUUUAAAGAUGUUCGAUUUGAAUAAUCUCACUUGCAUACCAACACAACUCAUAAUAAAAAGAUGGACUAAAGAGGCACAGAAAGGAAUUGCUGCGCGUAAUGACAAAAGUGACCUGUCAAUAAUGGCAAACGAUGAGAAAUUUUCCAAAUCAUUACACCUUAGUGAGUUUGAUGCACGAAGGAAAUAA